GCCUGCCCUGCUCUGCUCUUAAUUUAUUUUUUAUUUUUGAGUCUUUAAUUUGAUCUUAUUUCCAGUGAGAGCAUUAAAUUUCUAGAAUCCUCUCAUUCUAGUCCCUUUAAUCUUCUAUCCACUCUUUUUACAUGCAAAUUAUCCAUUCAAGAAACCGAAACAAAGGCUCUCUUAUCUUUCCAAGACUCCAAAGAAUGGUUCCGUUGAGAGUAAACGCCGUCGUUUUGGUCUUCCUCACCGUCGUUUGCCUCAUUUUGUUGCCGUUUUGCUUCGGGAUUCGGUCAUUUCCGACAAUCGAAGGGUACGAACUUGGGUCUCCGGAUGGGUUGCUUCGAUUCACCGAAGCGCCGGAGUACCGUAACGGAGCUGAGUGUGCCGUAGCCGUAGGUGGCAGUGGCGUUGUAAGUCGGAGAAUGGCUGUCUCUUCUUGUGACCCAUCUCUGGUCCAUGUUGCCAUGACCUUGGAUAAAGAGUACCUCAGGGGCUCUGUAGCCGCCGUACACUCUGUCCUGAAACACACCUCGUGUCCCAAUAACGUCUUCUUUCACUUCAUUGCCGCCGAGUUCGACCAGGCAAGUCCUCGAGUCUUGGCGCAACUCGUCCGAUCCACUUUCCCCUCUCUCCGGUUCAAGGUCUACAUCUUCAGAGAAGACACCGUCAUCAACCUCAUAUCGUCCUCGAUUCGCGAAGCCUUAGAAAACCCAUUAAACUACGCAAGAAAUUACCUCGGCGACAUACUCGAUCCCUGCGUUGACCGGGUCAUUUACCUUGACUCAGAUGUGGUCGUCGUCGACGACAUCCACAAGCUCUGGAACAUAACAUUGACUGAUUCACGGGUCAUCGGAGCUCCGGAAUACUGCCACGCCAACUUCACGAAGUACUUCACCGACGGGUUUUGGUCUGACCCGCUUCUUUCUCGGGUAUUCGGGUCCCGCAAACCCUGCUAUUUUAACACCGGAGUGAUGGUUAUGGAUCUGGUGAGGUGGAGAGAAGGGAAUUUCCGGAAGAGGAUCGAAAACUGGAUGGAGGUUCAGAGGAAGAAAAGGAUUUACGAUCUGGGUUCUUUGCCGCCGUUCUUAUUGGUAUUCGGCGGUAAUGUUGAGGCCAUUGACCACCGGUGGAACCAGCAUGGUCUCGGCGGUGACAAUGUCAGGGGGAGCUGUAGGUCUCUGCAUCCAGGUCCGGUCAGUUUGCUUCAUUGGAGCGGAAAAGGAAAGCCAUGGGUGAGACUCGAUGAGGGUAAGCCUUGUCCUCUUGAUAGUCUCUGGGAGCCGUACGAUCUUUAUAAGCCAUUGUACCAUCAUGAUCAGAACUUGGCCAAGGAUAGUGAACUUCUGGGCUCAACAUUAUUGUCCUCGUCUUCUUCUUCGAGAUUGAACGGCGGUGGACGUUCGAGUUUCUUGUUAUGAUUAUUCUUCUCAUGAUUCUUUCCUACAGUUGAUUUUUCACAGAUUCUUUUGGCUGUACAGAUUGGUUUUAGAGAUGGGAUUUUUUUUUUAAUUGAUUUGAUCAUAUUUGUUCAUUGUAUUUGGUUUUACUCUUCAUAUCAGAGAUAUCAAACAUUCCUAUUUUUUGGGUUCCAGGCCUUGGAACAAUUUUGGUGGAUUGAUUUCUUUGUAUCCAAUUUUGGAAAUAACACUCACCGAUGCCUUCAUUUUUGUUA